UUGCAACACCUUUGGAAAGCGCACCGACUACAGACUGGAACCCAGUCCAUAUUUUGUUUACUUCGUGGUCACACGUGAGAAGGAAAUGCAGCCUGCAGAUCGACUGUUUUACUCUAUCCCAAAGUCUGAUCGAGAGUCUGGCGAUGUGGCUUGGGUCAGUGACAGUUCCAUUAACUGUGCCAAACUCUUAGAUACAGUCAGAAACAGUGUCAUCGGGAGGAACAAAGUAUUUAGCGGCCCGUUUGGCCUACGGGAAGUGACCUAUCUUGACUUCAUAGCAUCAGGGAGAGCUUUGUCUUUCAUAGAGGAUUACAUCAGGAAUGAGGUUCUUCCAGAGUAUGGCAACACUCACACGACCACCAGCGUCACAUCACUCCAGACUACACUCUACAGGCAUGAGGCCAGGGACAUCAUCCGGAAUGCCGUUCAUGCGAGUGAACACGACUCUGUAAUAUUUGUUGGCAGUGGUUGUACAGGGGCUGUACACAAACUCAUCCAUGCACUGAACCUUCAGAAACCACCUGUGGUGUUUGUCGGCCCCUACGAGCAUCAUUCCAUCCUCCUGCCUUGGAAGGAGACUGGCGCUGAGAUUGUGAGAAUAAAACUGACUGGAUCAGGGCUGGUUGACUGCAGGCAUUUGGAGAAUCAGCUCAAGAAAUGGAAGAGCAAAGGGAGACAACUCAUUGGCUGUUUCUCAGCUGCAUCCAAUAUAACUGGCAUCUUGACGGAUGUCAACCGUAUCACCAUCUGCCUACACAAGCAUGGAGCACUUGCUUUCUGGGACUACGCCACACAACGGCCAGCCGACGUCCGGAUAGACAUGAACCCGGUAGUUCCAGGGAGUGACCAGCCUUUUGUGUACAAGGAUGCAGUGUUUAUUUCACCCCACAAGUUUGUGGGAGGGGCUGCCACACCUGGUGUGCUGGUCGCAAAAAAGAGCCUGUUCCAGAGUGUGGUGCCUGAGGGUGGGGGAGGGGGCUCCAUCUUCUAUGUUAGGAGAGACAGUCACCGCUACCUGCAGGAACCGGAGAUGAGGGAGGAGGGAGGGACACCCCCCAUUGUAGAGUCCAUCAGGGCUGGCCUGGUGUUCCAGCUGAAGGAGGCGAUCACCCCUGAGGUCAUCAUGCAGCGGGAACAGGAGCUGUGCAGGCUAGCUGUGGAGUCCCUCUCAUCAUGUGACAACCUUGUCGUCCUCGGUAACCACGAUGUCACUCGACUUCCCAUCUUCUCCUUCCUCGUCUACAACCCCACCACCGGCCGAUUCCUCCAUCACAACUUCGUGAGCACCAUCCUCAACGAUGUGUUUGGCAUCCAGGCUCGUGGGGGAUGUGCCUGUGCAGGGCCCUACGCUAUGGAUCUGCUUGGUCUGGAAGAAGGUACUGCAGAGACAAUAGAGAAACUUCUGGUGGAAGACAGUCGACUCGACAGAACACAUCUGAGGAGAUACCGGGAGUACUCCCACAGAGAGAUCCUGAGACCUGGCUUCACCCGCCUCAACCUGCCUUACUUCAUGGAUGAUGCAUGCUUGGAGUUUGUGUUGGAGGCCGUCAAGAUGGUGGCCGACCAUGCCUGGAAACUGCUGCCUCAGUACAUCUUCAACCCGGAGACCGGUGAGUGGAGACAGAAGAACUUCCAGGUGUUCCGAGACCGGAAAUGGUUGGGACACAUCUCCUACUUGACUGGGGAGAUGAAGUACAAGGUGCCGGCCCCUAUUGUGAAGGGACCACUGCCAUCUGGAUACAAGGACUGUCUUGAAAAGGCCAGUGCUGUUUUCAAGCAAGCAGAAAAGCCUAGAGGACAGUUGCCUGACCAGACACUGCUGUUUGAUGACCACUCACGUCCAUACAGGUGGUUCAUGCUGCCUAGUGAAGCUCUGGACUGUCUCCGUGGCAACACAGUCAUGCAGGUCUCAGUUUCUGACCUGCCUUUUGUACCUCCACCACUGAAGAGCAGAUUUGGAUUGACCAAUGGCAGAGAGGAACCUAGCAGUGAUGAACUUGAUGAUGAUGAUGAAAAUAUUUUAGAAUGUGAAGGUCAAGGCAAUAUUAAUUGUGAAAUAACUCCUGAAUUUUCUGAAGGGAUGGUCGAAUGUUUAGAGAGGGGAUUUGAAGGUGAUCAGGUAAAUGAGAAUCUGGUCAAGGAUAAUGAACCUGAGUCAUCUGCAGAAAGCAAUUCUGCAGCAGGUGCAAUAUCAGACUCUGUAGCAACAGGAAGCCUCAUAGAAGCAUCUGCUGCUGAAGGUGAUAAGGAAACGAUGUCUGUGAUAGUCCCAAGUACACAUAUUGAUGGCUCCCAUCUAGCCAGGAGUUCCAGUUUGUCUGGAGAGACUAAUACAGAAAAUAAUGAAGGUGAAAAUAAACAGUUGAAUCACUCGAUCCCAUCAUGUGUGAAGUCAGAUACCAGCCUGCAAGAAGACGCAGAUGUCACCUGUGAAGAUUCUGAGGGAAAUGGUCAACAACAAGGGUUAAUGGAGGGCUCAGUUUGUCCCUUGGUUUGCCCUCAUCCACAGAAGACAGCCCCAGUUGGGGGUGUAGAAGGGGCUGAACCUCCCAAGUGUAAAUGGUUCUCUCCUCCUAAAACAAUAUUCAAGGCAACAGUGAAGGCUGUUGAAGAACACAACAUGAUCCGUGACGGUGACCGUCUGCUUGUGUGUCUGUCUGGAGGCAAGGACUCCCUGUCACUGCUGCACACCAUCAGACAGUACCAGUUCUACUGCAAGGGCCAGGGGAUCCGCUUUGACUUUGGUGCUGUGACAGUUGAUCCCCAGACCCCAGCGUACGAUCCAAGCCCCCUGAAACAAUACCUCAACGUGCUGGGGGUGCCAUACUUUUAUGAGUCACAAUGUAUCCUGGAGACAGCUGAGAACCUGCCCGACGGCUGUGCAUCAAUCUGCAGCUUCUGUAGCCGCAUGAAGCGUGGCCGCAUCUACGCUGCGGCCCGCCGGGAAGGAUACAACGUGCUGGCUCUCGGACAACAUCUGGAUGACCUGGCAGAGAGUUUUCUGAUGUCCUUCUUUCACAAUGGUGUGAUCAGAACAAUGAAGGCCCACUACACAGUCCAAGAGGGGGAUUUGAGAGUGAUCAGACCAUUUGUGUUUGUACGAGAGAAAGAGCUACGCCACUUUGCUGAAAAGAACAAGCUACCUGUGAUAGCAGAGAACUGUCCUGCAUGCUUUGAGGCUCCUAAGGAGCGUCAUCGGACGAAGCAACUGCUAGCCUCUCAGGAGCUGUUGUUCCCACACCUAUACAACAGCAUCAUGGCUGCCAUGAAGCCAGUGAUGGCCAUCAGCAGGACCGGCCACGGCUUUACCCAGGCUGUAGCUGCCAACGGACGGGACGAAGAUGAGGACAUUGAUACAGUGUGAUGUCAUGAGAAACAAGACAAUCAAACAAUGCAGAAUUGAUUAAUUCAAGUCAGAUUUUGAAACUUCUGAACUGACUUGGAUGGUGGAGCAGUUAAAAAUGCUGGAUUUGAUAUGAUAUGAAGAUAAACAAGGUUCUGGUGGAAUAGGUCCCCAGUCCUUAGUACCCAGUACUUGAGCGUUGGUCCUGGGUAUCUCAGGUCAAAGUCUUCAUGGUGUACAUGGCACCAUGACAUAACAGUAACAUUGUUGGUCCUGGGUAUCUCAGGUCAAAGUCUUCAUGGUGUACAUGGCACCAUGACAUAACAGUAACAUUGUUGGUCCUGGGUAUCUCAGGUCAAAGUCUUCAUGGUGUACAUGGCACCAUGACAUAACAGUAACAUUGUUGGUCCUGGGUAUCUCAGGUCAAAGUCUUCAUGGUGUACAUGGCACCAUGACAUAACAGUAACAUUGUUGGUCCUGGGUAUCUCAGGUCAAAGUCUUCAUGGUGUACAUGGCACCAUGACAUAACAGUAACAUUGUUGGUCCUGGGUAUCUCAGGUCAAAGUCUUCAUGGUGUACAUGGCACCAUGACAUAACAGUAACAUUGUUGGUCCUGGGUAUCUCAGGUCAAAGUCUUCAUGGUACAUGGCACCAUGACAUAACAGUAACAAUGUUGGUCCUGGGUAUCUCAGGUCAAAGUCUUCAUGGUGUACAUGGACAUGACAUAACAGUAACAUUGUUGGUCCUUGGUAUCUCAGGUCAAAGUCUUCAUGGUGUACAUGGCACCAUGACAUAACAGUAACAUUGUUGGUCCUGGGUAUCUCAGGUCAAAGUCUUCAUGGUGUACAUGGCACCAUGACAUAACAGUAACAUUGUUGGUCCUGGGUAUCUCAGGUCAAAGUCUUCAUGGUGUACAUGGCACCAUGACAUAACAGUAACAAUGUUGGUCCUGGGUAUCUCAGGUCAAAGUCUUCAUGGUGUACAUGGCACCAUGACAUAACAGUAACAUUGUUGGUCCUUGGUAUCUCAGGUCAAAGUCUUCAUGGUGUACAUGGCACCAUGACAUAACAGUAACAUUGUUGGUCCUGGGUAUCUCAGGUCAAAGUCUUCAUGGUGUACAUGGCACCAUGACAUAACAGUAACAUUGUUGGUCCUUGGUAUCUCAGGUCAAAGUCUUCAUGGUGUACAUGGCACCAUGACAUAACAGUAACAUUCUAACAGCAGUGUUGUAAAAAAUACACACUCAUAAAACAGAGAGAAAAUACUCUUUCAUUUGCAAACGUUUGUCUCAAAUGAUCGCAGGUGUGUAUUUCUCACAUUUUGAAAGUGAAUUGUUAAUUCAUUUCAGAUUGAAAAUGAUGAUUUUACAAAGUGAAAGAUAUUUUCAAGAUAUUGUCAUCAUGUGUCUCAUGAAAUAUGGAAUCGGAUAAUUAGAAGUCUGCUCAUCAUGGUGAUGCCAUAAUUCCAGAUUCCUGGAACUCUUCUGUUCCUGCUGAUGUGGAUUAUAUUAUUUAUUGACUAUAUAUACUGAUUGUGUAUCACCGAGUUCUGCAUUAAAGUAUCCAUGGAAUGA